AUGUAUAACGCAAAAAUGAAUCCGCAAUGUUCUAAAUGUAAAGCAGCAAUGAGGAAAUAUAACUACUCCGUCAAAGAGACAGAACGUAUGAGAAACCACUAUGCAGACUUAAAGAAAGAAGCAGAAAAACCAGCAGAAAAUAAAAUGGACAUGUUAGCAUUUCUGAAUAAAAACUAUCCAACUGCUGACGAUUUCCUAUUAUCUGACGUCAAGAAGAAGUAUAAAGAAACCUUCGGCAUUGUUAAAACUUUUGAUAUCCUCAGCGAAGAAAUAGAAGCUACAAAACUGUUUAGAAUCUCACGAAUUCAUAACGUUUACCAUGUAAAACGUUUAUAA